CUUGCCCACACCCUCUCAGAAUGCAGCAUGGGGGAAAGAAUGUAACACAAUUAGGGAACUGUAGCCAGGCAGAGUGUCUUUAUCGCCAAACAGUCGUCGUUUUCGGAUGAUUGAAUUUAAGUGAUGCUCAAACGAUGCCUAUAGUGGACAAGCUCAAGGAGGCCCUGAAGCCCGGCCGGAAGGACUCCUCGACGGGCGACGAUGGCGACCUCAACAAGCUGCUGGCCUCCUCGGCCAAGAAGGUCCUGCUGCAGAAGAUUGAGUUUGAGCCGGCCAGCAAAGGCUUCUCCUAUCAGCUGGACAGUCUCAAGACCAAAUAUGUGAUCCUCAACCCCCGCGGCAGUGAGGGGGCCACAUCGGGUCAGAGGGCCAGCACAGAGCCCGCUCAGAUCAAGAGGCAAGUUUCAGACAACCAGGGUGGGGGCCAGAGUGAUGGGAUCCCCGCCCCACAGAAGAUGCUCUUCCCUGGGAACAGACUCUCCAUGCGUUGGGAGCGUGUCUACCGGGUGGGAGCCGGCCUCCACAACCUGGGCAACACCUGCUUCCUUAACUCCACUGUGCAGUGUCUCACCUACACACCGCCCCUGGCCAACUAUCUACUCUCCAAGGAGCACAGUCGUGCCUGUCACCAGUCGGGUUUCUGUAUGAUUUGUAUAAUGCAGAACCACAUCAUCCAAGCCUUUGCCAACACGGGAAAUGCCAUCAAGCCUGUCUCCUUCAUCCGAGACCUAAAAAAAAUUGCCAGGCACUUUCGGUUUGGUAGCCAGGAAGACGCCCAUGAAUUUUUACGCUACACCAUCGAUGCCAUGCAGAAAGCCUGUCUGAACGGCUACCCCAAGUUAGACCGGACGACACAGGCCACCACAUUGGUCCACCAGAUCUUUGGAGGUUACCUCAGGUCGCGAGUUAAGUGUUCCAUUUGCAAAAGUGUGUCGGACACAUACGACCCUUACUUGGACAUUGCUGUGGAGAUUCGACAAGCAGCAAAUAUCGUCCGAGCCCUGGAGCUCUUUGUCAAGCCCGACGUGUUGAGUGGAGAGAACGCCUACAUGUGUGCCAAGUGUAAGAAGAAAGUUCCGGCAACAAAGCGAUUCACAGUCCAUCGAACGUCCAAUGUUCUGACCCUGUCUCUCAAGAGGUUUGCCAACUUCAGUGGAGGAAAAAUCACCAAGGACGUUGGCUACCCAGAGUUCCUGAACAUCCGCCCCUACAUGUCUCAGAGCAUGGGUGACCCAGUCAUGUACGGCCUCUAUGCUGUCCUGGUGCAUUCUGGGUACAGCUGUCAUGCUGGCCACUACUACUGCUAUGUCAAGGCCAGCAACGGGCAAUGGUACCAGAUGAAUGACUCGAUGGUCCAUUCCAGUAACAUCAAAGUAGUCCUCAAUCAGCAAGCCUACGUCCUAUUCUACCUGAGGAUCCCAGAGACCAAGAAGAACGUGGAUGGCCAGAUCACCAAGCAGGGAAUGGGGAAGAACGUAGCGACGUCAGAGCAGUUCAGGAAGACCAACCUCAACAGGCCCCUGUCGUCUCCGCAGGUCACCAAGGUAUGGGACAGGCUGGCAGAACGGUCCAUCAUCAGAAUGUUUGAAAGCAAUACGAAACUGGACCCUUUCCAGCUGCGUAAGAUCCAGUCCGUAGAGGGCGGCCUGGGCAUACCCGUGUCUAGGAACGGCGCCAACGGCUCCCAGCAGCCCAACAAGAUGUCCAAUGGGACGUCGUCCUCCGCCCACGCCCCCACCAGGAUACCCGGGGGACCCAUGCUAAUCGAGGAGCCCUUCAAGAAGCUGAAGAAGCCCUGUCCUCCUCAGCAGCCCCAGGUGCGCAGCAGCACCCCCGCCCCCUCCUCCAACGGUGUGGGCAGCAGGUCGGACGGCGGAGACCGGAGGCACGGGAACCAAGGGAGCAGGGGCCUGGCCACAUCUACCUCACUCAAGUCCCUGUCAGACUCCUCCUCGGCAGACACCUCCGACUCAAAGGAUUCCAUGGGUACCAAAAGUGCGCCGGUUGGUGGGACGUCCACCCCCCCUAGGAACGUCUCGAACGGCAUGGCCUCCCCUGCCAAGAGUGUGGAGCGCGUGGGCACGGAGGAGCAGAAGACCGUCAAGCUAAAACCCCUGGCCCUCAACAACGUCACAUCUUCACCCACCAGCACCACGUCUCCCCCGCCCGCCAAGAAAUUGGCCCUGUCGGCCAAGAAGGCCAGUCGCAGCCGGAGUCCGAGCAGCACUGAGGCUCAACACCCCCACCUGCCACGCCAUCCGUCCAGUGACCGCACGCAUCCUGCUCAACUUAACAACCUCACCUCCACCUCACCCACUCACAGUCACAGGGUUGGUCCAUUCCAUUCACCCAAACUGCAAUCUCCACCCGCAGCCCACCAUGUCCACUCAGGCAUCCCAUCUAAGCAUCAGAGUCCCCAGAAAUCAACCUCCACCCUCUCUCCAAAAACCAAUGGGCUUCAGACCCACCUUCCAAAGAGCCCUAAACCUACCCAGACCCCCAGUCUGUCAGAGCCUGGCCCAAGCAGUUCCGCCACCUCCUUAAAGAAGAAAAAGAAGAAACGGCGUCACUCUGAGAUGGAAGGCGGAGAGCGAGAGCCAGCACCGGCCUCCAUCAUCCCAGACAUCCCCGCUGAGCCCGAACUGAUUGAACCGGCCAGUGAGAGGAAGAGGAGGAAAAGGAGAAAGAAGAGGAAGCGGGAGGAAGAGGAUGGAGAUACAGCUGAGAACCACAGGGAAAGGGUCCAGUCUCAUCUGGAGGCUUCACCGCCGGCCCAAGAGGAGGACUGGUGUCAGGGGGGAUCAUGGCGACUCAGCCCCCCUGACAAAAGAGCCCUGGAACAACCAAAGCAGCCCCAUCCCCAGCCUGAGAGUAGGCUCCAGUUGGUUCCAGUGGUUCUCCAGUGUGAUGCCAAUCAAGGAGAGCAGAGUAUGGACACUGUGACGAUGAUGAUGAAGAGGAGGAGGAGGAAGAAGAAAAGGAGAUUGGAGGAGGGACCGGAGGAAGCAACAACAACACGUUCUGUUUCAGAAAGUUCUGGGACGAAGGACACGAUUGUUGAAACCGGCGCUGGGGAUUCUACUGCGCCAAAGAAGUUAAAGAAGAAGCGCAGGCUAAAAGAAGAGGUGAAACAGUGGGAGGAAAGCAGACGUUGUUGCUCUGACGACCAGAGGAGCGACACUGAAGCAGCGGAGGCCCUUCCUAAGAAGGGCACUGUGGAGAGCACCGCUGGAGUGAUCGUGUGGGACAGCCAGGUUAAGGAUGGCUACAAGCGCUCCAAGGCCCCCGCUGCAGAAGCAGUAGAGGGUGGGCCUGGGGAUGUCCCCCGCCCAGCCCCCAUGGUCUGGGAUGGCAAGAGGAGUGGUGGAGUGGUUGAGGAGCUCCUGAAGAACUCUUUGGACAAAGCCUAUGGAACCCAAGUCCUCAGCUGGGAGGGAGAGGCAUCUGCCAUCAGUAGGGAUGCCAUUGACGACACCCGUGAUGCCAGAACCGACACGGUGAUUGACGAGUGGGACGAGGACUUUGACAGUGGAAAGGUGAAGAAAAUGAAAAAGUAUAAGCGAGAGAAGAGGAGGAGCGGCAAUAUCUUCCAGAAGAUCCAGGACCGGCGGAGCAUGUGGUCGGUCACACCCGGCGCUAAGAAGACCGGCUUUGGAUACCGUCACUGAGAGCCAGCCAGAAUGGAUGUUUGGAUACAGUCACUGAGCCUGCCAGAAUGGAUGUUUGGAUACCGUCACUGAGAGCCAGCCAGAAUGGAUGUUUGGAUACAGUCACUGAGCCAGCCAGAAUGGAUGUUUGGGUACUGUCACUGAGAGCCAGCCAGAAUGGAUGUUUGGAUACAGUCACUGAGCCAGCCAGAAUGGAU